AUGAAUAAUUUCCAUCCAAACACUUCUCUUCACCUGAGUCAUCAUCAUCAUCAUCACUUACCUACUGCAGAUGAGAAUUCAAUCAACCUUGACCUUCUUCUUGAGCCUUCUUCUUCUUCAACUUCUUCAUCUUCACCUCUUAAGGCAAGGGUAUUCUCAUGCAACUACUGCCAAAGAAAGUUCUACAGCUCUCAGGCCUUGGGAGGACACCAGAACGCUCACAAGCUCGAAAGGACGCUGGCCAAGAAGACCAGGGAGAUCACUUCAUCCAUGCAAGAUCACAGAUCAAACUUCAUCAAUUCUACUACUACUUCUUCACAUCAUGCUUUUGGUGUUCUUGAGAACCAUGUCCAUGGUGCUGGAGGAAGAAGAGAUAACAAUAGCUUCAGCUACGGCGGUUCAAAACAAUUAGGUGUGGCUGCUUCUUGGUCCCGUGGUUACACUACUACUACUACUUCUGAAAAUGUUCAUCAGGAAGAUAUUAGCCAACUUGACUUGUCAUUAAGGCUUUGA